CACGUUUUAUAGAAGUCAGUGCGGCUACAAUUGUCAGCGUGAACACUUUUCUUGUAAUCGAAGAAAGAGCAUUAUUCAUCAAGAGCCUGAGUUAACAAGAUGAGGAACACCUUUUCCUUAGCUCUAAUCUGCGUCGCUGUCUUAAUUCCACUGUUUCAAGAAGGUAAAUGGUAUUUUUCUGUGUCUUUUACACUUUCUAUCCACGUUAAAGUAUUCUGAUGUGUUCUUAUUUUCUAGUACAGUUUAUGUUAUUUUUUAUGGUUUUACGUUAUGGCUCGUUUCGGUUUCCUAAACACUGAUUGAUUUCCUAAAACCUGAUUGAUUCGUUUUCCUGUAAUUCAGUAUCAAUGAUUAAUGUCUUACUUUUUUGCAUUUUUCGGCAUUUUUCAUUUGACCACUGUGAACUGUAGUGCGGCUUCAUUCCCGGGGGGGUACUCAACAAAUUUUUAUACGGGGAGGCUCCGCCCGAGGUCCAAUCCCUUAUCCUUUUAUAUACCAUUUUUCACGAAAAAGGUCCCCCUUUCGUAUACCUUCCAUUGAGAAAUGGUAGCCCUUUCAAAUACCUCGUUUAAAACUUUGCAUCCCUUUUAACUGCUGCGAAAUGCAUUGUCAUUUUUAAAAUAGGAAUCAAUCACAAAAAUAGAACGUUUUCCCUACGUUAUAAAGCCAUAAAAUUCAUCUGUUGGCCCUUUCAGCCCUUUCACAGACCCUAAUAACAGAUUUUCCUACCCUUUCAUAUACUUCAACGAGUAAAAUCCCUACCCUUUCAUAUACCUGAAGCCUGAAAAAGGUCCCCCUUUCGGUCGGAGCCUCCCCGUACAGGCCAUUAUAGGGACUACCCCCACCCCCAGGGCUUCAUUAAUCUACCGAACCGUUUCUUCUACGAUUUUGUUAUAUUUCUUUCAGCGCUCGCAUUCCUCUCUUCUAGUUUCGAUUUCUGGCUCACCCAAAAACUGAUCCUUGGAAGAUCUGAUUAAGAAUACAAAACCGCUUAGACGAGAUUCUUAUAUUUCUCUUGUCCCGGUCUCACUUCAGCCACUUUAGCUGAUGUCUUCCGGUCGUCUGUCGCCCACUUGUUUUUGCUGUUUGCUUGUUUUAUUUUUUUCUUUCAGAAUUAAAGGCUUGUACUCAAAUUUCAUAGAACUCUGGCCAAAAAUAUGCCUCACAAGUUGUAAAAUAUAAUUGUUUUGGCUAAUUUGCCUCUUGUGGGCAAUCCUAAUAGAAAAAUAAACAGCUGACCCAAAUUCUUUUUUCAAGUAAAGGGUUUCAGACGUUUUGGGGGCUUCGUCACGCGUUCCUUCCCCACGAUUGCGUGAAAAAACCCAGAGAACGUACAGUAAAAACUCUAACCCUAGCCCCUGAGAACAUGGUUGUUAGGAACCUUUUAGGCUAAAAUUUGCCGGUGAAGCCGGCCCGCUCCGGCUAUACAAGAACCUGUACAGCCGAAAAUUUGAAAAAGGUACUCAUUUUCUAAAAUCUAUUAAAAAAAUUAUGUACGCUUGGACAAAUUCUCAAAGUUGAUGAUAAUCCAUGUAAAGCUGUACUGCAUAAUCUACAAAGGAAAAUCUCUGUUGUUCGACUGAGCAAACGCUGAGGUCACGUUCUACACAGAGACGAGCUCAUGAGUCGGGUUUGGCCUGUCAACACCUUAUUUCAAAGAUGAAUACUACUAAAUACUCGUAUCUACAAUGUAUUUUUUCUUCAGAAAAUAAGAACCUCCUUAUGAACCUAAAUGGCCUAAUUUUCUGCUAAUUUCCAUAUAUGUAGAAACCUGUUUAGGCUGAUUUAGGAAAAUUAAAAUGCAGCCAGGUUCUUACAAAACGGGUUUUUACUUUAUUCACAGUAGCCUGUGAACAGGCUCUCUGUUUUGGGAUGAGGUGAAAAAAUGGCGAGGAGAGGGAAGGAAAAGGGUGAGGCUAUUUUCACAAUUGAAUCGUAUUCUCCUAUUUACCUCUACAGAAACCCUAGAAGUAGGUACAACAGGGAAGUGUUCAUAGGUGUGGCGUUAAUGCCAUUUCUCAUUAUUACUUUGCUACUUCUAUGAAACUUUAGACGCUCAAAAAUCGAGCGGCACGGAUUCCGUUAAAGGGCAAUCUGUGACACCAAUUCCGACUCUCUUAUCGAUAAUCUUGGCUGGAGAAAACUUGACACGCAAAGAUCCUCAAAGACAAAUAAAAAAAGCUACAACCGAAUAUAAAUCACCCAAUGAUUAUCUUUGCUCUAAAUUUACUUAUCGUGGCAGUGUCACCAAUUACUCUUUGAGAGAGACCAACGGCAAACUGGCUAUUCCUGAUUGUCAUUCAUUCAUUCAUUCAUUCGUUCAUUCAUUCAUUCAUUCCUUUAAGUGUUUUUAUUUAACGCGAAAGAAAAUAAGGAAAAAUUGGUUGGUUACCAUUUAUAAAAAAAAUUCCGGAAAUUCUGGUUGGGCAUUUUCGGUCGGUAAGAACGGUACGUGUCGUUUAUCAUUUGCCUAAAAUUUCCGGAUUGUCGCACCGCGCUAGACUAGAUUUUAGUUACAACAUGAAACUAGUACGAAACUCAAGAAACUUGUAAAUGGUAACGAAUUUCCAUUCGGAACUUCCCAAUCGGGAAAACGGGACUACCUUUUCAGAAUUUCCGUUUGUCCUGGGAAUUUUCCAAUGGGACGAACCAAAAAAGCGUUUACCAUUUACAUCCCAACCGGAAUUUCUGGGAAUUUGUGAUAAACGGUAAACAACCAAUAUGUCUGCCCAGCCGCCUGUACAAGGCAUGGUAGCCAUUCCCCUGAAAAAAUCGAGUUAAUUUUGAGGAGAAGGGAGGGAGCCGCCGAACACAGGUUGUCCCGACUGUUGGCGAAUCUCUGAAUGAAAGUAGGCCUGUUUCAUACGUCAUGCUAUUGCCGGCCGUUCUAAGCUGGUUCGAAUUCAGCACUACUGUAACGUAUGACUUGGUUUCAGACGUAAAAUUUAAGGACUCAGUCGAAUAAAAAAUCUGUUGCCGAAAACAAAACUUGAAUAUAAAAAGUGGUUAGUGAACUUUUAAACUGUAUUCUAUUGUAUUUAUAAUUUAUGUAAUGAGUUCAGCACAGCAGUAGCACGAGGUUUAAAACCAAGCCGUGCCGGCUGCUGUGUGUAGCACCGCAAAACGGAUUUAACCGCAUUAGACUUUGGUUUAUCAUUAUCAACCUAGUAAGCGCUUUACGGGAAACAGAAAGGGGAUACCUCUCACAAUGGGGGGAGGGAGGGGGGGACGGGCACUCCAGUAACCCACCACUCUAGCCAGGAGCCCAUCAGGUUGAUGGGCUCCUGCUCUAGCUGAUUACGCAUAAAUUCUUUCAGGCUUUUCUUUGAGAUGCCACUUGUGCUAUUCGACAAAAUCCUGGGAUGACUGCCUGAAGAAUAGCAGGAAUCACACCUGCCAUCUUGAAGGGGUUGAAGAUUCCAGGUGGGCUUGUCUAACAACGCACACUUCUAGACUGGGAAAGAACAACCAACAGUUUGACGAAUUUGCCAAGAGCUGCAUAACUCUGGUAAGAAUCUGAAUGCAUACAACCAGUUUUUAACUGUGUGACAACAUGCAUCUCAAUCCUCAGUCCUAGAGAGGAUCCUCUUUUCUUGAAACUAAUUGACAAACAGUGCUUUAAGCCCAAGGGCUUUACCUUUUCUUCAUGCUUUGCGGUAUUUUUAUUCAAAAAUUAUUUUUUCCCGACGUUUGAUAGAUCGCAGAUCAUUACGUCAUCUGCCUAUAACUCAUUCUCGUCGCAGAUAACUUUGCGGACUUUGGUCUGCUCAUGCACAGCAAAGACGUUUUUGUCCCCAGAGUCACUCACCUUUUUGUAAGGAUAGAGAUACGCGAGCAAAAGAAGCGGGGGAGUCUGAUGACGAGAGUGGUUUGAGGUUUUGUGCGGGUUCAUUAUCCUCCCACUCAGAAGGUUCGUAAGGCUUUAUCACACGCGCGUUCCCCCUCCACGUGGGUGAGGAACUCGCUGCAUGGGAGGGCAAUAGACCAUUAAUCAAGGUCUUUUCCAGGCACGCCCGUCUAGAGCAUGUAGAGUGAACUAAAAAAAGGCGUUCACGGCUAUCUGAAGGCAAAACAAAAACUGAAGCUAAAUUUCUGAUUAAAACUGAACGGAAGAAAUGCAAGAAUACGUAAAACAUUUGCUCGAUGGAUGUUAUCUACUUUUUGUGGAAUAUCUUCAAGAAAAAAAAAACAUAUCUUUAUGUCCUGAAACCGUCCCGGGAAAGGAGGGCCAAAGUUUAGGCCGAGAAAGUCAGUGCAAGGAGGUAAGUUUGUCAAGAAUUCAGUUAGGAAUAUUUUGAAUGAAUAAUAAAACAAUUGGACAUAUUAAAUUCUGCAAGCUGAAGACUGCAAUGCUGAUCGUACUACGUGAAAAUUAACUCUUAUUGAAUUGGGCUUCCGCGGUGCCUAUGAUGUGAAGAAUUAUGUAGAUCUUAGAGGAUGUUAUAUCCACCGAGGCUGAAGGCCGAGGUGAAUAACAUCCUCCUCAAUCUGCAUAAUUCUUCACAUCCCACGCAGCCUCUCUCAAUAAAUGCUAUAAAAUAUAUAUAUCUUUUUUUUUUCAGGACAUGUGUAAUAAAGAGAGGUGCCGCGGAAGCUUUGUAAAAGGGAAGGAUCUAAAUACAACAAAAGCCUCCUACUGUAAUCUGGAAUGCUGCUUUAGAGACGAUUGCAACGAUAUGACCCUUGCCCUCAGUUCCUCCUCAAUAGCCGAUUGGCUUUCGAGCAGCUUUGUGUAUAUGAUGGUUUUUGCUGUUUGGAGUUCGACAGCUCAGUAGUUCAGGAAUGUAAAACUGUUUUCAUUUUUUGCGGCGAAAAAAAAGAAGACGCCUAUGUUAGAAAGAGAGCUUAGGAAUUGACACUGAAGUCAUUUGUCAAAUAGCUGAAAUAGCUUGAGAGAAUCACACCCGCCCACAUUUUCGGCAUCAAUCCCAUAGCCUCCAGAAUUUUCCAGUGAGUUCAACCAUAAAUGGUGCUAAUUCUUAUUCAAGUUUUCUCAAAACGCAAGAAUACGUUCAAUGAUUGCAUUGUUUCCCAAAGUUUGAAAGCAUGGUCACUUUACCACCUACAGCAGUACCUACUGUACGUUGUUUACAACUGAAUGUCAUUCGAAGACGCUAAGUGAGAUGAAAUCAAGCUUAUUUUCAAAUUCUCUUGAGUACUAUACAAGUGUAUGCAACAACAACAAAUUACCAUUUUUUGGUUACGAUUAUAGUGCA